AUGGAACAACCACCGCGCCGGCCUUCGACGCUUGAACGCAACCAAUUUACUCAGGAUGGGACAAAAGUUCAAGAUGAUGGUCGAAUUGAGAUCGAUCUGGACUCCAAAGUGGGCAGGGAAGUGUCAAAGUUGAUACCAUUUCUGCAUACGGAAGAACAUAUACAAUCACAACCAGAGCCUUCAGGGGAUGCCGGAUGCGGUCUCGAGCUCAACAUCGUGAUCCAAGUUGUUGGCAGUCGAGGCGACGUCCAACCCUUUGUCGCACUAGGUAACGAGCUUCAGCGCCAUGGACACCGCGUACGACUAGCCACACAUGGUGUGUUCGAAAAAUUCGUGCGCGAAUCAGGUCUAGAAUUUUAUUCUAUUGGAGGAGAUCCCUCGGAGCUGAUGGCAUACAUGGUGAAGAAUCCAGGACUGAUACCACAGAUGAAGUCCGUCCAAGAGGGUGAUAUUCAACGCAAGCGUGUCAUGGUGGGGCAGAUAUUACAGGGAUGCUGGCAGUCCUGCGUUGAGGAUGACUCCGUAACAAAUACGCCCUUUGUCGCCGAUGCUAUUAUUGCGAACCCUCCAAGCUUCGCCCAUAUCCACUGCGCUCAGGCGCUUGGCAUCCCUCUACAUAUGAUGUUUACCAUGCCGUGGACGAGCACAAGAUCAUUUCCUCAUCCCUUGGCAAACUUGAAAUAUUCGACCACAGAGCCGAAAAUGGCGAAUUACCUUUCUUACGGGAUUGUCGAAUGGCUUACAUGGCAAGGCCUGGGCGAUGUUAUUAAUGAUUGGAGAAAAUCCAUCGAUCUAGAACCUAUAUCAGCAACCGAAGGUCCUCGUCUAGCAGAGACUUUGAAGAUACCCUUCACAUAUUGUUGGUCCCCCACAUUGAUGCCCAAGCCAGUGGACUGGCCGGCACAUCUCAACGUCUGUGGCUUCUUCUUCCGCUCUCCUCCAGACUUCACUCCACCUCCAGACCUUGACGCGUUUCUUCAAAGUGGGCCUCCGCCGGUGUAUAUUGGUUUCGGGAGCAUAGUAAUUGAGGAUCCCCCAGCCAUGACUGCCACACUGGUCAAUGCAGUCAGGUCCUGGGGUGGUCGUGCAAUCAUAUCCCGUGGUUGGAGUAAUCUCGGCGAAGCACAAUCGGACGACCAGAUCUUUUAUCUUGGAGACUGUCCGCAUGAAUGGCUGUUCCAGAAGGUCGCCGCAGUUGUGCACCAUGGAGGAGCAGGUACCACAGCAUGUGGUUUACGAUUUGGAAGGCCCUCUCUUAUUGUACCAUUCUUUGGAGAUCAGCUGUUUUGGGGAAACAUGGUUGCAUCCCGCGGGAUUGGACCAAUGCCCAUUCCACACCGGUCUUUGAACGCAGAGAAUCUAGCAGAGGCCAUCCGCUUUUGCCUGCAUCCUGAUACCCUUGCAGCAGCUGGUGAUCUUGCUCGUGAAAUGAGCGAGGAAGCUGGAGUUUCUGCGGCUGUUGCAUCAUUCCAUCGCAACUUACCGGUCGAUAAAAUGAAAUGCCAGUUUAUCGAUUCUGAGCCGGCUGUAUGGCAGCUAAAACAAAACGCCAAGUCCCCUAUAAAUUUGUCCAAAAUGGCAGCGGGGAUCUUGCUUGAGAAUUCUCGCAUUGAUAUAAAGGACCUGAAAGCGUACGAGAGUAAAUCGAUCUUCAUUCAAACCCGGCGAUGGGACCCUAUCACGGGCGGCACAUCGUCUUUACUGGGCAUGUACAAGGAUAUCCUCACCGCAUCAAGCGAUGUCGUCAUUCGGCCCUACAAAGAGUUCAGUCGCGCCCGUCAGCAGAGCGAGCCAGAGCUUGUAGUCAUCGAGUCUACAAAUCCCCAAUCCGAGCGAAGUCCAUCCGAAGGCAUCUCACGUACUUCCGGAAGCAACCAGAUGGAUGAAGACUGGAGAGUUACGGGAAAGGCAGUGGGGGGAUCUGCCAAAAGUGUGGGGAGGAUCAUAGCCUACUACUACAAGGGCGUUCUGGUAGACAUACCUGGGGCAGUGAAUGAAGGCCUGCGGGCUGUUCCCAGGCUCUAUGGCGAGGAGGUGAAAGACUACGACAACAUCCGGGACUUUAAGUCUGGGGUGGCUGCAGCUUCAGAUAACUUUGCGCAUGGAUUCUCGCAUGGACUCACUGAUAUCUUCCGACAGCCCUACGAGGGUGGCCAAAAGGAUGGUAUUAGGGGUGCAAUCAAAGGAUUUGUGAAAGGACCUAUUGGAAUGGGAACGAAAGCUGCAUCAGGUGCUUUGGGUUUAGUAGCCUAUCCGGGGCAGGGCUUAGCCAAAAGCUUGCAUUCGGCUAUCCACUCCAAAACUCGGAAGCAGCUCGUCAAAGCACGAUUGACAGAGUCUGAAUAUUUGGCUAGACAAUCAGCCAAGGCUCAAUCGAGCUGCCCCGAUGUCAUUGAGGCAUUUGAAGCUCAACAACGGCAGCCUGCGAAUACUGCCAGCUCCACAAAUUUGGAACGAGCAAGUUCCCAGUGA